AUACAUCGCAAUCAUAGGACGUCACAACAACAAUCGUUAGCGCUACAAAAUACUCAGCAUUCUAAAUUAAAUACGAACAUUCCGUGUGUACGUACGUUUGUUCCUGACAUUGCAAAUUAAUUUCAAGACUAUUAUUGUACGUUUUGUUUUGUAGCCAGCCGUAUUACGUUGCUAUUAGCAACAUAACAGUAGUAUUGUUAGAUGGGCUCCCCGCCUUUUCGCGCAUGCGUGACGUAACGAUGAUGUUUACAGUCACGUAUAUGAUGGAUACCUAAAUUUUGGCGGGAUCUCAUCGAGGACAAUGAGGGCUCGUGCGGGAUCUCAUUUCAUCAGAUCAUUCAAUGCGCAUGCGCGAAAAAGGGACACCAACUAGCAUUGUUUCUAACUUUCUAAAAUCGCAUGCGACUUGCACAUGCAACAGAAUGAGUACAGCUCAAAUACAUUUUAGAACAUUCUAGUCUUGUGUUAAAUACUGUUCAGUACUGUAUUAAGGAUAAGAAGACGUGCCUUAGUAGAGAUAUAGAUGUUUGAAUUUGAAUAAUUGAAAAUAAUUUAUAUAAAAAUUUUCUAUAUAUUAAUUAUACCUUUUUAUACAAGUUAAUCAAUUUGAUAAAAGAUAAAAUGUUGGAUUCGGAAUACACAAAAUUGGAGGAGGAAAAGGAUAGUUCUACUAGUAUUCGGGAAUUCAGGGAAUUCCAGAAUUCAUUAAAAAAAAUUCAAGAUAAGAUAGAUCUUUGCAAAAUACAACAAAAUGACAUUCGUUCUGAUAUUCAAGCUUCCCGUGUUGCAAACAUAGAAAGCACUAAUAACAUAUGUGAUGUUUUCUCACGUGUGCAUUCAGUUUUGACACGGAGCCGCAAUAAAGAUUUGGAAAAUAAAGCAAUCACAAAUUUGAAAGAGCAGAUUGCAAUUUUGAAAACAGAAAAAGAUUCUACGCUUCAAAUGGUGGAGAUGUUGUUGAAAAAUACAAAUGCCUUAGAACAAAAAUUAGAAACUAAACAAAUAGAUAGCUGUCAAGUAAAAUUGCAUGAAGAGCAAUUAGAAAUUGUUAAACAAUCAUAUUCAGAAGUUAUAAAAGCUUUAGAGAAUAAGUUGUUUAAAGUUAAAAGUGAUUUUGCAAAGCAACAUCUCUGGAUGACAAAUAAUAAUACAAUAGAAAUAUUAAAAAGAGAGAAACAGGAAAUGGAGAAUAACCUUCAGGAUCUUCAGCGAACUAUUCAACAGAAAGAUAAGAAUAAUCAGGAUAUAAUACAAUCAUUAACAGAAGAGUUAUCUGCCGCAAAGGCAGAAAUACAAAGACUAAAUGAUUUAAACUCAAAUUCAGAAAAAAAACUGAAUGAGAAUAAAAAAAUUGUCAAUAAUGUUAUAGCAAAGAAUGAGGAAACGAAAUGUAAGCUGGCUGAAGCUCUUGAUUUAAUAGAAUGUGCAAUAAAAGAAAAAGAAGUUGUGCUUGAGAGAGAAGCAAAACUUGUGGAACAAAAUGCCAAGUUGGAAGCUCAAUUGGCUUCCAUUGCCAAAGAACAUGCAAUUAAAAUGCAAGAGGAAAUUGCAAAAUUGACAGAUAUUCAUAAGCACGAUAUGAAAAAAUAUUUAUUAGAAAUUAAAGAAUUGAAAUCAGAAUUGCGAGAAAAGGUGAUGUUAUUGGACCGAUCGCAAAGAGAAAACAGAUUAAUAGAGGCGGAAAUAGAGAAUGAGCGCCAGUCUACUGCAGAUUUAUUGGAAAAAUCAGCUUCCAAAAUACUUGAAAAAAUAUUUGACCAAACACCUAAACAUGCAAAUUCUAAAACUUGUAACGAGACAUGUAAGUUAUAUAGUUCGGAAAUACAACAAUUACAGGAUAAAAUUGUGAAUUUAGAAGAAAACUUAACAAUUUCAAAUGAUCACCUGAAACAAAGUCAGCAACAAAAUCCUAUAAAUGUAGAUUGUAUAAAAUUAGCUGAAGAAAGAACGAAGGACGCAGUUGAUCGUUAUGUUCAUUUAGAAAGCCAAUUAAUUAAAGCUACAAGUGAAAAGGAAUCUCUCACAACUAAAUUAAAAUCAUUACAGUCGGAUUUCGAUUGCGAAAUGCAUAAAAGAGAUUAUGAACGAUGUAUGUUGGAAAAUAAAAUUCACGAAUUAGAAAUGGAUCUUUACAAAGAAAAAUGUAAAGAGAAUAAAUCAGGCACUAGUACUAAUCCAGUACAAGAUUCCUCUCAACAAUGCGAAGAUAUAGUGAAUAAACAUACUUUGGAUAUAUGUAUUAAAAAUAUAAAUCCUAAAUGGCAGUCUUUGUUAGAGGAGAAAAUAAAGAUGCAACAAGAACGUUUUAACAAAAAAAUAGAAGAGCUGAAAUAUCAAGUAACACUUUAUCAAGAUUUAAAUAAAAAUUGGGCGAAUGAAGCAAAAUCUAUAACUCAAACAUUUAAAAAAAAAAUUGAUAGACAACGUGAACUAAUUUGUACAUUACGAAACAAAAAUGCUGAAUUUAGAAACGGACUCUUACUUUUGAAUGAUGAAAAUACAUUUCCAUCAAAUGCUGCGCAUUUUUCCAGGUUGCAAAGAUUUGAGACUAGAUGACAAUGUCUUAUACUAUAAAAAUGAAUCAAUGAAUAUAAUGGAUCUCGUAUACUCAUAAAUAUUAUAGGACAAGUGAUUUUUUUUUAUUUAAUAAAGAG